AUGACAUCAAAACGAUCUGUCGAUGGCACGUCCCCUAGCAAAAAUCCGCAAACAGACGGCCAAGCCAAUAAGAAGCGCAAAGGUUUCUCCGUCGGCCCUGCAAACCUGCCUGACGGAACUUAUCGUCGUAAAACUCAAAAAAUCAAAGCCGACCUCAUUCAGAAAGCUAAGGUCAAGAAGGCCUAUGCAAAAAUAAAAGCCGCCGAGCUCGCUGCGCCCCAACCGAAGCCGAACUAUCUUCAACGUGAACAAGAAGGACAUGAGGGAAACAACGAGCAGACUACGGAGCCCCCGGCAAGCCUGGAGCUCCACCCGGAGCGCCAGGCUAUGCUGAAUACUCGCGAUGCGGAACCUGAGCAGGCGGAUAGGAAACCAGGAGAUCGAAGAAUCCAAAAACCAAAGCGGGGUGCGUUCGCAAAAGAACUGGAGAUUGCAGAGAAGAGGAGGCAAGCGGCUGAGAAGAAGAGGGAGCUGCGAGAGCUUAGAGCCAAGGAUAGAGAGGCGAUGGCUCGAGCAAAGCGACCGGAUCAGAAUGGGAAGAGAAGGUUGGGGAGGGAGAGUAAGGUGUUGCUUAGCCGAAUCCAAAGGAUGGUGGGGGAGACCGCAUGAAAACAGACAGUCUGAAGCAAAAAGAGAUCGAGCUUGCAAGCAUGAUACCCGCUGUAUAAUGGUUAUUAUUUCUUCUUACGUUUAUGUAUAUUUGCAUAGCAUGGUGCUUCCAAUUUAGCUCAAAGAAUAGACGAUACUAAAU